AUGACGAUAAUUCAGAAAACAAAAUUAGAAAAUUAUCAGCAUUUGGUGCAUGCCAUGGAAGUGGGUGAUUUAAGUGAAGAUCUGCUGGAGCAUUGUCCAAAACUUGCACAAGUUAUGAAAGAAAACGAGAAACUCAAAUACAGAGCACAGAUUCUCAAAAAAAGUAUAAAUGAACAGGAACGAAUGAAUAAUGAAUCGGCUAGUAGCAAUACACGAGCACCUGUAGAAAAGAAACCGAAAUCGGAGAAUUCCGCGAAGAAAAAUGAUCAGAAAUCAACUGGGAACGGCAAAGCUGAAAUAUCCAAAGAAACGAAAAAAUUCAGUUAUGUUCGCGUGCGUGAUUUUGGAAGCUCUGUGUUGUACAUGCUGCGUGAGCAUUUUUCGGAAACUGUUUCGAAGCUCUAUCCUGAAAUAAAUUCGAUUCCAAUAUUGGUAGUGGAAACGCAGCAAGCGAAAUUUGGUGAUUAUCAGUUUAAUUCAUCGGCGAUAAUUGCUCAGAUGGAAGUUGCCGGUGCUUUCUACGUCAAUGUAUUUUUGAAGAAGAAUUAUAUUGCUUCUUGCAUUGCAAAUAUUGCUUUAAAGGGUAUCCAAAUACCGAAAAUUGAAAAACGCCGUGUUAUUGUUGACUUCUCAUCACCAAAUAUUGCCAAAGAAAUGCAUGUUGGUCAUUUACGAUCGACGAUUAUUGGCGAUAGCAUAUGCCGCUUGCUGGAAUAUGUGGGAUUUGAUGUUCUUCGGCUGAACCAUAUUGGCGAUUGGGGCACACAAUUUGGCAUGCUUAUUGCACAUUUGCAGGAUUGUUUCCCGAAUUUCCUAAAUGAAGCGCCUCCAAUUUCAGACUUACAGGCCUUUUAUAAGGAAUCGAAAAAGCGUUUUGACAGCGACGAAGCGUUUAAAGCACGUGCCUAUGACUGUGUUGUAAAGCUGCAGAAUUAUGAUCCGGAUUUUGUGAAAGCUUGGCAACUGAUUUGCGAUGUCUCUCGGAAGGAUUUUAGCCGAAUUUACGAUCGGCUGGAAAUAGAAAUUAUUGAACGAGGCGAAUCGUUUUAUCAAAAACUUAUGAUCGAACUAGUCCAGGAGCUCGAUGAACAGGGAGAAUUAGAGUUUGAUGAAGGAAGAAAGAUUUUACGAGUUGGCGACGAGGUCCCAUUGACUGUUGUCAAAUCGGAUGGCGGUUUUACCUAUGACACGUCUGAUUUAGCAGCAUUAAAGCAACGAUUACACGUUGAAAAAGCUGACUGGGUUAUCUAUGUUGUUGAUGCUGGCCAAAGUUUACAUUUUGAUUUUGAUGAAGGAAGAAAGAUUUUACGAGUUGGCGACGAGGUCCCAUUGACUGUUGUCAAAUCGGAUGGCGGUUUUACCUAUGACACGUCUGAUUUAGCAGCAUUAAAGCAACGAUUACACGUUGAAAAAGCUGACUGGGUUAUCUAUGUUGUUGAUGCUGGCCAAAGUUUACAUUUUGAUCUUUUGUAUGCUGCCGGCCGCAAACUUGGCUGGUACUCACCGCUUGAGAAAAGAGUGGAACAUGUUAGCUUUGGUCUGGUUCUCGGUGAAGACAAGAAGAAGUUCAAAACUCGUUCGGGUGAUACAGUGCGGCUAACAGAUUUGCUGGACGAAGGAGUGAAAAGAGCAGAAGCGAAGCUACUAGAAAAAGAGCGAAAUAAGGUAAUGUCUACGGAGGAGCUGGCCGCUGCUCGUGAUGCUGUUGCUUAUGGCUGCAUAAAGUAUGCUGAUUUAUCGCAGACUCGUACGCAAGAUUAUGUCUUCUCAUUCGACAAGGUACUACUCUUUUCACUGUUUUAG